AUGGGUGUCUUUUCACGUAAGAAAGAAGCCGAAUUGGCUGUUGGAUCGGAGCUCUCGCGAGUUCUUCCUCAAGAUCCAAAACCAUGGUAUAGGACUUGGCAUCUUGUCAAGCUUAAUUUAUGCCUUUUGGUGCCUUUGUUCUCUUCUGCCUCCGUUGGCUACGAUGGAUCAAUGAUGAAUGGUCUCCAAACUCUGCCCCAAUGGCGUGAGUUUUUCGGCAACCCGGAGGGCGCACUUCUCGGCCUCAUGAACUCGGUUUAUCCUCUCGGCAAAGUCGUAUCCCUCUUCGCAGUCUCAUACAUCUGUGAUCGUUGGGGACGCAAGCUUCCUAUCCUUAUUGGCCUCGUUACCUGCAUUGGUUUUGCAACUCUCCAAGGACUCUCGCAGAACCUCCACAGCUUCAUCAUUGCGAGGGCUUUCUUGGGCUUCUUCACUAGCUUUAUCGGCCAGCCCAGCCCCAUCAUCAUCACAGAGCUCGCAUACCCGACGCAGCGAGGAAAAGUAACCGCUCUAUAUAAUACUUUCUUUUACUUUGGCUCUAUUUUCGCUGCUUGGUGUACCUACGGCACCUUCAAGAACCCAACAACUUGGAGCUGGCGAAUUCCAUCUCUUCUACAAGGUGCAUUACCUGUCAUGCAACUUUUGGGCGUUUACUUCCUGCCAGAAUCUCCCAGAUGGCUCGUUUCCAAAGGCCGCAAGGCAGAAGCACGAAAAGUCCUCGCAGAGUUCCACGCUGGCGGCGAUCUCGAGUCUCCCCUCGUUGAGUUCGAAAUGCAAGAGAUAGAGCUUGCGCUUACUCAAGAAGCUGAUGCUAUCUCUGCUGUUUCAUGGGCUGAGCUCUUCCGCACUCCAGCUAACCGAAAGCGUACACUUAUUGCUGUCAUCGUUGGUUGGUUCGCUCAAUGGAACGGCGUCGGAGUCGUCAGCUACUAUCUUGUUCUCGUUCUCAACACUAUUGGUAUCACCAAGGUCAAGGACCAGACUCUUAUCAACGGCCUCUUGCAAAUCUUCAACUGGCUUGCAUCGACUUUCCUAGGCGCGUUGAUGGUUGAUCGCUUAGGCCGAAGAACCUUGUUCCUCCUCUCUACAGGUGGCAUGCUGGUAUCUUAUGUCAUUUGGACCGGUCUUACUGCUCAUUUCGUCAGCAGUCGUGAUGAGUCGACAGGCCGAGCUGUGGUCGCCUUCAUCUUCAUCUUCUAUCUAUUUUACGACAUUGCCUGGACACCUCUUCUUCAAGCAUACCCCGUCGAAAUCUUCCCCUAUACGCUACGAGGACGCGGUCUUUCCAUUACCUACAUCUCAACUUUCACUGGUCUUAUUGUCGGCAAUCAGGUGAACCCGAUCGCCAUGAAAGCCAUCACCUGGAAAUACUACAUCGUCUUUUGUUGUAUCCUUGCCGUUCUCUUUAUCAUCAUUUGGUUCUUGUUCCCUGAAACGAAGGGACAUACGCUUGAGGAGAUCCGGGAAGUCUUCGAAGGGAAGCUUGAUGACCAGGAUAAGUUGGCCAAGGUUGAAUCAGCUAUUGGAGAGGAGAACACGGGACAGAAGGGCGGCAACGCGAAGCAAGUCGAGAUCGCCAACUAG